AUGGUUAAAGUGUAUUUCAGUAAUACUACUGAAGUUCCAUUAGAAGCUAAUGUUGAUCCUUUAAUGUUUCAUGAGACAAUGGAAGUCUUUCGAGGACGACUUUCUUUGGAUGAAAAGAAUAUUGAUAAUGUGAUAUACAUUGCUGACAAAUUUAAAAUAAAGCCAUUAUUUUCCCACUGUCAAAGUUUCAUUACGGACAAGCUCUCUUCGUCGUCGGUGAUGCAUGCAAUUCGUUUAGCGGAGCAGUAUCGAAUGGCUGAAAUAAAACAAGCAUUAUUUGAUACAAUUUCGAUUGACGUAUUCCGUAGCUUGGCUGCGGACCAAGAUUAUCGUCAAAUGGGCCCGGAACUUAAAGCUGAACUUUUGGAGAAAUGGGGCACAUUUUUAUAG